UUGUUUUAUUAUUCUUUCAAGCAAUAUUACUAGUACACGAUAAUUCACAUUAGGAGCCAUCUGUCCAGGAAGACCUAAGAAACUGAGAACAUGGGAGACUGGGGGUUUCUUUCUGCUUUACUGGACAAGGUGCAGUCCCACUCUACUGUGAUUGGCAAAAUAUGGAUGACCGUCCUCUUCAUAUUCCGAAUCCUGGUUUUGGGAGCUGGAGCAGAGAAUGUUUGGAGUGAUGAACGAUCUAACUUAGUAUGCAACACAAACACACCUGGUUGUGAGAACGUGUGCUACGACUGGAAGUUCCCCAUCUCACAUGUUCGCUUCUGGGUGAUGCAGAUCAUCUUCAUAUCUACUCCAACGUUGGUGUAUCUGGGCCACGUGGUGCACGUCAUUCACCAAGAGAACAAACUGAGAGAGGAGCUGAAAAGGAACCCAGUAGCAAAGUCACCAAAGUACUCGAAUGAAAAGGGCAAAGUUGUUAUUAAAGGCAGCAUGCUGGGUAGCUACUUGACUCAACUGUUUAUUAAGAUCCUAUUAGAAGUCGCUUUUAUCGUUGGACAGUAUUAUCUGUUUGGAUUUAUCAUGGAGCAUAUGUUCCACUGUCAACAAUUACCCUGUGCAGUUAUGACCGAAUGUUUCAUGUCUAGACCCACAGAGAAAACCAUCUUCAUUAUCUUUAUGCUGGUUGUAGCAUGCAUAUCUCUGGCUUUAAAUGUUCUAGAAGUAUUCUAUUUGCUUUGUAAGAGGAUAACUGGGAAAAAACAGAAAUACAGGGAGAUAAUGUAUGCUCAUGAUACCAGAUAUCCUUCGCAGUUUUCUGUAGAACUUGAUGCUGUUAAUGGAAUGAGACACAAUGAGCUAAACAUGGCCCUUCAAAACAGGUUGGACCAAAGCAAAGGAGGUCUUGAUGCGGCCAAAUCUCAGCUUUAG